AAAAGAACCACAACUUGAUUUUGUUUUGUUUUCUUCCCGCCGGACCGGGAGCUGGAUCUACUCCGUAUCUCGCCUGGCUUCACUCUUUGACAGCUUACCUGGUAUUGACUAGGACGUAGCGCGUGGGGUUGAUUACCUAGUGUACCUAGGGAUCGGGCAAUUAAUCACUCAACCGUCGAAUUUAAUUUCUAUCUCUCUCAAGUUUCCCAUUCAAGUCUGUGGAACGCCCACUUCGUUUUUUGUUUGGUUGUGGUUUCGAUUUAGGUUUUGAUGCUUGGUAUCCCUCCCUCUCUGCCCAUGCGAAUGUAGCUGUCACCGUCUGCUGUCUAGCUCAUACAGAGGACCAGAGACACGGAAGCAGCGCAGAUACCACCACAAAUCUAGGCACACAAGAAAGAUACGACAGAAGAAUCGAAUCGUAGAAGUUGCGCAAAUUUCAGUCAGAGACCGGUCCAAAACAGCCUUGACUUGCAAUCCGGGAAACACUGCAGCUUCGAGACGUCGCACCUGCUCGCUGUGGCGCUCGCCCUCCUACACGGGACUCGGCCACACGACGCACCUUCAGGUACCGGCAGCACACAAUCUCUUUCUUUGCUGCCUCCGCCCCGUCGCUGUUGUGCGACGUCACACUGGCUCCAGCCGCGUCCUGCUCGGCCGGUGCGACGCACAAGGGUUGAUAUGUCCUCGCCGCGGCCGCGAAGAAAUCGCCUGACCUGCGCCUCUUGACUCUAAACCCCGGUCGCCCUCUCUCCUUCGGGCAAGAACACACGGCCCUGCGGUUCUCGCUUGAUCGGGUGCUUGCUUUGCUUCGAGCCUGCAAGCCGCGACCACCCAACGCCUCACCAGACUCGAAUCGGCCAGCCGGAGCAUCCCAUUAGCCAGUUCAAUCACCCCUGCCUCAGAUCCCGGCUCGGCUGCGCUGUUCCUGCUCAAAAUAUGUUUGUCGGCACCAACUCGAACCGGGUGAUCCCCCCGGAUAACUCUCUUACCAUGGCCUCUGUUAUGGCCCACGGUUUUGAGAGGUUACUUGCAAAGGGCAAGAUUAGUUCUAUGCGAAAACAGAAAAUACCAUCAAAAUCACCAGUUUUUGCCUCUUUUCACGAAAGCAGCGCCUCCUCAUCCUCGUCGGAAUCAGCUUACGCACUUGCAGACGAACAGAGUCUUUUCCCAGCACCGUCCUUCAUUCGACCAACUACCUCCAGGAUGCUUGCAAGAGACGAAAAGUCCCCGUCGUGCAAGCGUCUGAACGAUACCCUAGAUGCGAAAAGAUCGCCGAGGUCUCCGCGUCGUUUCUCGGCUUCAGAGUCGCACAGCAGUGGUGCUAGCAGCAUCCGCAGUAGUGUGCGGAGCAGCACCCGCAGCUCAACGCCAAGGAUACCCCGGCGCUCCUCGUCACUGGUUGCUCAACAACGCGAGGAGCACCCGUCUCUGGCAUCUCUGCUGCAUUACGAAUUCACCGAGGGUGAAAGCAAGAAUGCCAAACGUUCACUCAACACUCUCUGUGCACCAGCGUCCCCCAUUGAUUCAGAAUGUCUGGCACUGCUUGAGAAGUUCCCAAGCAUCGAUGAUAACCCUCCUACUCCGCCACCAAAGGACGAUUACCGCCUCCAUCUCAGUCAAGUCGGGAACUAUCCUACCUCACCAAAAACACUUAGCCCAAGCGUAUUACACCCGCUACCCCUACAGGCUGCUGCACAACCGAGGCUGCGACCCUCUUUGAGCUCACGGUCAGCACCGGAUCUUGCUGCUCGGAGUUCAGGUCAGCAAUCCCCUACAGGAUCGCUGACAGGACGGCACAGGUUCGCCAACCUACGCAUCGAGAAUCCCAAACCACUGAGGAUAUCCCACAACCGCUCCCGGUCUUCUGAUAUUGUCCUACAGGAGCCUGCCGUUGGAGAUUUUCUCGGUCUCAGUGACGACGACAUAGCCGAGGAAAGGCCACCCACACCUCCUGUUUUGUCAACAUCCGCUGUCCCCACAACGCCCCUCGUCCCCCAGAGUGAAACUACGCAACAGCCAGUCCCUCCGCCCAAAUCGCCAAGUCGCUCGCUCCGAAAGUUGAGCGUUGACUCUGGACCGCCAACCCCUCCGCCUUUGGCGCUAGCACCAACGCCCCUUUCCGUAAAGCGAAUCUCGGCUCGGCUUUCAAUGGGUACAACCGAAGAUAGAGCGGCUGCGAUGGCUGCUUUUGAGGUGGCUCGAAUCGCAUCACGAUACAGUUUCGAUCUUAUCUACAUCAUCGACAUGUGGCCCAAGCAAAUGCUCCGAAGAAAAUCCUCGGCUGCGACACGUGAUCCUUUCGGUACUGGCUUGGCUUCGCCCCGGAGGACUGGCUCUGUACGAACCAGCAAAAAACACACGCGAACAUCUUCAAACCAUUCGUCUACGUUUUCCGAAGCUCAUGAUGACACGAAUCCAGACCGUUACGAGAACACCGGUCUCGACUAUCGCUUUCUUGCUGCAUACGGUCUUCACACUGUCAAGCCACCGCUAGAAAUUGCCUACAGUGUUCACUCCAAGAUUUUGAAGCAUGAAGGAUGGAUCGAAUAUCGGCAGCCGGAGAGAAAUGACAGUGAAUUCGCACGUGGCUAUGCUUGCUCCUUCUACACGGGUUGUGCGCCCACAGAAAGCCACCACAGUAGGAAUUCCUCUCUUGCAAGCACAAGCGAGGCGUCAACCGAAGAGUCUGGCGCCACGUCGCCACGACUUGACAAGGGCAAGCCUAUCGCGAGGUCACGCAGCGGAACAAACAGGUCCGACCACAACCGUGGCAUUGUAUUUGCUGCCUAUCGCAAGCGACAGCUCGAUGGAGAAGCACCCGGUCUCAGCCGCGAAGAACUCAGGGGCAUGCAACUCGAUGCAGAGACGCUAGUCAACAUGAUUGUUGAUUUUCACAAAGUCAAGCGGAGGAGCGAGCAACAGACGAAAGGAGAAUCCCGUCCCCGCCGUCCUUCUGCAGCGCAAGCACCUGCAGAGACUGCCCUCGGUGAGCACUGAGUUCACAAUACGAGACGACCCACUGCGAGUUCCAAAUGGAAGUUUCUCUAACGUUUUGAUUUUUUUUUUCUUUUUUUCUGCUCUGGCGAAAAAAGUUCGUUUUACAAAGCAUUGAUGGUUAUGCAUGGUGGCGCAAACCCUUUACAGCAAAGAUUCACAUCCUUCAUUUACAAGACGUUUUCCUUUUACCAUUCUUCUGGACGCUUUCUUUGCCUUCUGUUCGCUGAACUAUACCCGAUCUAGAAUCUUUCUCUUUUCUUUGUUCUUUUUUCUUCGCAUAUUAGCGGCAUUUAGUAUGCGAGUCUUGACACGACAUUUUCAUGAUGGUUCCCACCGAUUCGUUUAGACCUAGACUAGGUGCUCAAGCUUCUCUUGGCAUGGACAGUUGACGUGGACACUUAUCGCCUAACGGCGAUGCUCCCAUUAAUAUAUAAUGGGAUAAAUUGAAGACAAUCACCUCCGGCUAGUGAUAACUACUUUGCCACUCUUGGCCACCUAGUGAUAGGAUCAAAUAAACACAUGUUCCU